AGAGGAUUGACUAUUCCAGAGGAAACAUGGCUUGGUCAUCAAAAGCAUGAAAGCAUAACGUUCUGCAGAAAUAUUAUCACCAGUGGGUCUCUAAAAAAGGAUUGGGCUACAAGGAAGGACUACAUUGAGCUGGCAGAGCUUACACUUAUGGUGCUUUCUGAGGACAGGUACAAAUUUCGUACUUCCAGAGCAGUCCACCAUGCCCGUUUUAUGGCAAAAGGUAUCUGCUACCAAAAACUCCAACUUAUGAUGGAUGCUAUACCUAGUCUGGAAAAAUGGCUGAAGCAUGAAAUUACUGAAGUGGCAACUUUUGUCUCUGUUUUCUAUACUACCUGGUUUCUCAAAGCUGAACUAUCUGCUGCUGCUCCGAAUCAGGAUAUGAGAGCGCUUUGGCAAAUGAAUAGGUUUAAUGAGUACAAUUUGAUUGGGGCAGAAUCAGUCAUUAAAUCUUUCAAACGCCACACAUGGUUUUUGGACCCUUACCUUAUUGUACUAGCUCUAGCUGAUGAAAAAUGUAAAGAAAGAGGUGAUAUUGCUCAAAAACUAUACAGCUAUGAAUUUCAUAGUAUGGAUGAAUAUCCAUUAGCCCGAAUAAGUGCUAACACAGAGGUCUUCAAUUCUUUAGACUUCAGUGGACCGAAUCUCCCAGCUUAGUUCAUUUGGUCACAGAAAAUUCGUGGCUAUUGUUCCUUAUGAUAGGCCAAAGUAAAAGUGACUGUCAAUGGAUGAAAACCCCUCCAGAAUAUUAGACUUGCAACGAUUUCUACUUAAAAUUUCAGGAGGCAGUUUUUAAUCUUUCAGUUGUUAACAUCGCUCGGAAAGAAUCGUUAAACUCAUAAAAGACAAAAUUGAUAUUGCCCGAAAAGAAGAGAAAAGACAGGAUUCACUUUUAUUUUUGCAUAAUUACAAAAGGAAGUAUGGAGGAAAAACUAAGAAAUCCAAGAAAAACAAAAAAAAAACAAUAUAAAAAUAUAACAUAUCAUUUUUAAAAAAUAAUUAUAAGUUUUAUAGAAAUUUAAUUAUAAAGAAAUUUGUUAAACAAAAUUGCUAGACGUUUUAUUCAAUAUAAUUAGAUUUUUUUUCGUUUCAUGUAAUUUAAUGAAGUUUCAUGCAAUAUAAUAAAGUUUUUAUAGACCUUUAAUGCUAUAUAUAGAUGUU